AUGUGCAGCUCCGAUAUCUUUCUGGCGGUUCUCGCCGUGUUCUUUCCGCCCAUCGCAGUCUGGGUCAAAGUGGGACUCUGCACUGCAGACUCGAUCAUCAACCUCGCGCUGUGUGCGCUGGGCUUCCUUCCCGGUCUGAUUCACGCCUGGUACAUCAUUUUCAAGAACCCCGAACCCGACUAUGACGCCAUAGCCUAUGAGCCCAUCCCCGGGGGCGGGAGUCAGCGACGCGAUCUCGAGAAUGGAAACGUCACCUACUACUAUGUCUCUCACCAGGCCCCGCAGAAUCCGACGCAGCGCGGAUACGGCACUGUGCAGAGUCAGGGUCAGGGUCAGCAGCCACCAGCGAAGAACUCAAACGCCCAAGGCAACCAGGACAGUGGCAAUGGGAGCAGCAGUGCAAACCCCCCGCCUACAUACGCCGAAGCUGUGCGAGGCGACAACAAGGUGCAGAGUCAGGAAUAA